AUGAAAUUUUUAUUUUUUUUUUUGUAUAAAAACUCAUGGGAUAAAAUUAUUAUUAUUAUUAUCAUUGUGGAUCGAGGUAUACUUUCGGUACCUCUCAAUCCUAAAAACACAGAAGCCGGUUAUAUCUUGAGCCUUGGAGUGAGUGCACCGCAUAGGAGGAACGGUAUAGCAAGUUUAUUACUUGAUAAUUUAAUUGCUCAUUUAACGACGGUCGAGCACAAAUUUUGUCGGGCCAUUUUUUUACACGUUUUAACGACAAACACGCCUGCCAUACGUUUUUACGAAAGUCGAAACUUUAAAUUGCAAUCAUUCUUGCCGUAUUAUUAUUUAAUUAAAGGAAGAUGCAAAGAUGGUUUUACGUACGUAUUAUAUAUAAAUGGGGGUCAUCCUCCGUGGGGUCCAUGCGAAUAUUUAGUUCACUAUUGUAAAGCAUUGUGUAAUAGUCAGCCAUUUUCGUAA